AUGCGUGAUGGCUUCAUACCAGCGGGCGGCACAGUCAAGCCCCCGGCUGGUCAUGCAGUCGUGGCCCUUACCUCCACCGUCUCCGCAGUCUACGCCCCCGGCGGCAGCAACAAUGUUGUCAUGUACUGGGGACAGGGAAAUGACCAGUACCCUCUCUCGGUUGCAUGUGCUGACCCUGCCAUUGAUGUUGUCACCCUUGGCUUUGUCAAUGGUUUCCCCUCCAAGGAGGGCGAGUACCCGGCCACCAACUUUGCUAAUGCAUGCUGGGGUACCUACUACCCUGACCCUUUUGACUCCGAGAAGAAAAGCGGGCUUCUCAAGGAUUGCCCAAGCAUCAACGAGGGCAUCGCUGUCUGCCGCAAGAACAACAAGAAAGUCCUGCUUUCUCUUGGUGGAGGACUGCCCACCAACUACUACCUACCAGACGAGAAGACCACUACGUGGUUUGCUAAGUUUCUCGUUGGGGCUUUCGGGCCCAAGCAGGACGGCUGGACGGGACCCCGUCCUAUUGGCGAUGAAUUCGUCGACGGUUUCGACCUCGAUCUUGAGGCUGAGGCUUCGAAAGUUCCCAGGCCAGAACUCAUCUCCGCCAACUACGGCUUCCUCGUCAACGAGCUGAAGCGUUUCAACAACGACUUUCUCAUCACCGCAGCUCCGCAAUGCGAGGUUCCUGACAUUCGCCUCUUCGAUGCUAUCAAGAACGCGCAUUUCGACAUGAUCUUCACUCAGUUCUACAACACUCCCAAGUGCUCGGCGAGACAAGGAUUCAAGGAACUCACGCCCAAAAAGGGUGAUCCUCCCUCUACCUUCACCUUUGAGAACUGGGCUGUCUGGCUCAGCGAGAAUUCAAAGAACAAGGCAGUCAAGCUGUACUUGGGCUUGCCAGCCAGUCCUAAAGGUUCUCCUUCUUACCAAGACCAUUACCUUAAGCCUAACGAGGCCAACGAUUUGGUCGCCAAGUGGCGAUUUGCUCAGAAGACUUCACCCUUCUUUGGUGGCAUCAUGCUCUGGGAACACAAGGUCUCUGCCGACAACGUCAUCGACUGCAAGAACUACGGCGCGUGGAUGAAGGACAUCCUGAGCAGCAAGUUUGGGUCUACAUGGACUAAAGGAUGUGUCAAGACCAGCUCUUCCGCUACCGGCUUCCUCGACUCCUGCUUCCUCCACCUUGGCGUCAUCUACUCGCGUCUCUUCGAGCAGUGCAUCCUCCACCCCUGCUUCGUCAAGCAUUGCUUCCUCCAUCCCCUCUUCGUCAAGCAUCGCCUCCUCUACAUCCGCUUCUUCAAGCAUUGCUUCCUCCAUCCCCUCUUCGUCUACGUCGCCUCGUCCAUCUCAGCUUCUUCAAGCAUUGCCUCCUCCACCGCUGCUUCGUCCACCGCUGCCUCGUCCACCGAGUCUUCUUCAAGCAUCGCUUCGUCGACCCCCGCCUCUUCCGCACAGGGUUCAUCCACUAUCGCCUCUUCCUCCACCGUCUCGACCACCUCUGCCGCCGUCUCCCCAACCGCCACCAUGCCCACUGUUGAUGGCCACUGCGGUGACCAAGGCCAUGGCAUCGUCUACACUUGCCAUGGAUACAACAACGGUAACUGUUGCAGCCAAUACGGUUACUGCGGUGGUCUUGGAGAUGCCGGAGCUGCCUACUGUGGUGAAGGUUGCAACCCCUUAUUCGGUGAGUGCGACAACACCUCGCAGAGCAGCUCUGUUGCCUCUUCGACAUCUGUCGCCUCUAGCUCGGUUGCUUCUUCUAGCACUGUGGAAUCUUCCAGCGCAACUGAAUCUUCCAGCACCGUUGAAGCUUCCAGCACUGUUGCCUCUUCUAGCUCGGUCGCUUCUUCAAGCGCUAUUGCGUCAAGCUCUGUCGCAUCCAGCUCGAUAGUCUCAUCCACCGCCACUUCUGCCUCGUCUUCUGCUUCAGUCUCUUCCAGCUCGUACUCUGAGACCACCCCUGUUGCUACCUCGUCCGCCUCCCAGUCUUCGGUCAUCGAGUCCAGCACUCUUUCUGUCCCAUACCCGUCAGGAAACAUCACCUACACACCUUAUCCUACCGGUUCGGCCAGCAUUGUCUACCCUGAGGACGUUAGCAAGUCUCUGUACCCCCAUUCCAGCCAGACUUUGACCUACUCGUCCCAGAGUGGUGUUCACUACCCAGCUGGAAAUGCAACUACUCCUUGCACCACUUCUACCGCAGCACCAAGCUCCAGUUCUCCUGCCCCUAUGUACGGUGCUUCAUCAAGCGCACCUGCUCCUGUCUAUGGUGGACAAUACCCUCCUUCAGUCACCAGCAUGCCCGGUCAGAACUACCCCUCUUACCCUGCCAGCUCUACCGUGAAGGUCAUCACCACCACCUACGUUGACGCUUGCGAGACUGGUAUCACCACUAAGACCGAGACCAUCACCCAGACCGUCUGCAACAAGUGCAAGGGCGACUCAGUCACCUCUGUCUACGUCUGCAACAAGUGCGGCCCAGCUGUCGUCACCUACACCAUCACCAAGCCCGCUUCUCCAGCCACCGACGUUCCCGUCGUUCCUACCAUGCCCGUACAGCCAUCCAGCCCUAGCCACGGUGGUGACAAACCUCAGUCUCCUGCAAAGGAAUCUACCCCAAGCUACGGAGGUGAAAGGCCUCAUAACACUCCUACCUAUGAGGUCCCCAAGAAGCAAGAGGUCCCAGGCGCGUCUACCACCGUUGAGAUUGUCUAUAUUACCAAGACCCCUAUCCCCAUGGCGCCUACUGUCCAGCACACCCCUGCCAUGCCCUACCCAUCUGCUCCCGUGCAGAAUGGUACCAGCGGCUACCCUGUCAAGCCUUCUGGCACUGGUGUUGCUACUCCCACUAAGCCAUCGUCGUACACUCCUCCAGCUCAGUUCACCGGCGCCGCGUCUCACCUCAGCGCUGGCAUGGCUGGUCUCUUGGCUGUUGUUGCUGGCCUGUUUGUCUUGUAA